GACCUUCCACAUUCGUAGUACAUUUUCUACACUUUGAGACUCAACUUCUCCAGAGAGAUCGUACAAUAUUUAAAAUUUUAAAUUCAAGUCAGCCUAUUUUUUUCCUCCCUUAAGUAAAGUAAUCUGUUUGGGAAAAGGAUGGCUCUUUCUCUCAGUUGAUGCAUAGAAUCAGUACAUUAGUGUUUCUCGACCACUAAGACGAUUUUAUUUAUUGCAUUUCAGUUACAUAUCUACUGAAUUUGUUGGAGAAAUAUUUUUUGGAUGUUGAACUGUUGACUGGUUGAACAUUUGUGAGUUAAAAGGAUCUAAACCAGAGUGGGGAAAACGUCUGUUGCAUAUCUGGUCAACCAAAAUAACUUCUAGAAGGAGCUGAAAGAAGAGAGGCACCAGCUUUUAACAGUAGCCUUGGUCAUUUUACUCCGUUGGACUGGUAUCAGAAAGGAUUGAAAAUUUCCAUGAUAUCCAAUUUUCUGAUGUUUAUUAGCUAAUUACAUCCUGAUGGUGUACUUAAGCAUGUGUUACUAACACUGCUGUUGCUGGUAACAGAAAAGAAAAACUGGUCAGCUGGGACAUACUAAUCUAAAACAAGUUUGUAACACUCAUUGUGAGUCACAUUCACCAUGGAACCAGUCCUUGAUUUCUCCUCCCUCCCUCACCCGACCCCCACAGUGACAUAUGACCCUAAGUCUGAAACCGUGACUUUCCCGAGUGGGGUGGUCUCUGUUGCAGGCAUCACUGUGAUAACUGGGGGCACUGAGUUGUCCUGCAGCUCCUGUAUGUUGGCCUUUGGGUUUUGGGGCACGUUGGUUGGCGUGAGUGCACUGUGUGUGGGACUGAGGGAGUACUUUCUGCUAAAUGAGAGCAAUAUUUCAAGUCUGCUGGCUCUGGGUUUGGCGAUCCUGUUUAUAAGUCUAGGUAUUAUAGUUGGAGUAUUUGGGGUUCGUUUCAUCAUGAAGAAGACAGGGAUGAUGAUAAAAGAGACAGAAGAAGGAAAAGUUGUCCUGGUUGGUGAGGGAAGGCAGAGUGUCAUAAAAACAAUAACCGUCUGAAAGGAGGAAACGCAAAAAAUACAUGUGUGUUUCAGCAGAUUGACCUGGUGUUUUGGUUGCACAACAAAUUUAUAUAGUGCCAACAUCUGUGUAUUGAUAUUUAGACAAUAAUCAAAUUCAAGACUGUUGAAAAUUUCUAAUUCAGAGGUUUGAUUAUUAACAGAAUGCUCUGUAUUUCUGACUAUGCUACGAGUAUUAGAUACUGACACAAUGGAUAUUCUGAUAUUCUGAUAGGCUAUUAAUAUUCAUCAAUUAUUUUACCUACUCAUUAUUACUUGUUUGAAAAAGUUUGGAAUUAAGGAUAUUUAAUAUCAAAUUUGACCAAUUCUAACAAUGAUUCUCUCUCUCUCUCUCUCUCUCUCUCUCUUUCUCUCUCUCUCUCUCUCUCUCUCUCUCUCUCUCUCUCUCUCUCUCUCUCUCUCUCUCUCUCUCUCUCUCUCUCUCUUUUGCUCACAAACAGAGAAUGUAAGACAGGAAAUAUUUAUCAGAGUUUCCUGCAAGCAGAAUAGACACAUUUAAGAGUUUCCCAUGUAAACAGAAAAAAUGGCAUGUUUAGAUGUAAAUACAAAUGUUCUGUCUGAAUUCUGACAAUAAUUGAGAUUAUAAACAAUCAUUUCUGUAGGUCCUCCAUAACAACUUAUUUUUUUUGUAACAGUUAAAACCCUGUUGUAUAUUCUGUAGUCAGUAUGAUAUUAUUUUUUGUAGAAAAUCCUGAUUAUUGUAUGAAUGCAUAAACUGUUGCAUAAGCUUUGUCAGGCUUAAGAAUCCAAUAAACUAUUUUGUCUCCAUCUG